ACAACUACGCAUCUUUGAUAACGUAUUUAGAGUUACAUUAUAAUUAUUCCCACUGCAAACCAUCUUAAGAAAAAGAAGGAAAAACAAUAAUUUGUUAAACUAGGGUAAAAUAAACCCUAUAAAAGGAUAUUAAAUGGUUAUUGAACCGUAUAUAGGAACUUUACAAGCUUUUAUGUGAUCUAAUUGAUGCGGACACAAGUACAUAUAGUGCCUAAAUUGUGUCUGAUAUUCUGAGACUUGCUUUCAGAAUUAAUGAUUAACAAAAAUUCAUUUGAGCAUUGAAAUAAUUUGGAUUUGACAAACGUCGAAAGGUGCAUUCUUCUUACUGACUUUUGUUCGUCUUUCGAGCUGUGUGGUUUACUCUUUCGACAUCAUUUCGAACCGAUAUACUGUUAUGACAAAAGCUUCAUGAUGUAUAUCACAGCGUGGUGACAGAUUGCCUUCAGACUAUGCACUAUGAUAAUAAAGUUGAUCACGUUGAUACGAGGUCAGAAGUACGAGAUUCGUACAUAAGCAGACUGCUGACAACAUGAACAUACAUUAUUUAUGUAACAUCUUCAUAACAACCGUUUUGACCAUAUUUGGAUUAUUUCCUGUGACGUCACAUAGUUUAAUAGACGUUGAAUUUUUAGUUAUAGUUCCAUAUAGUCGUCAAUAUGAUAAAAUUUCUCAGAAAGUUACAAAAGAAAGUUAUAUGUUGGGCAAGAAGCUAAGAGGCACAUAUGACUUCAAAGUUGUAAGCAAGUUUCUACAUAAUGAAAAUCCAGACGAAAUAUUGAAAAUAUUUUGUGAAGACAUUUUUCCAAAAAAGAUAAAUACAGUUAUGUUUUUAAAUAUAAACCCAGAUAAAGGUUUUUCAGCUGGAGACUACGUCAUGAGUUUAACACAGGAUCUUGGAUAUCCAUUUAUAUCAUGGGACCCAGAUCUAUCAUUAGCGUUGCAGGAAGCAAAGAACACCCAUAUCCUACAGAUGGCACCAACGAUAUCUCACGAGAGUCACGCCAUGAUUAAUUUAUUACUACGAUACAACUGGACAUCGUUUACUAUCAUCUCAACGACAACUGUACAGUAUUUAGAUUUCUUUAAUUCCAUCGAGUUAUUGGUUAAAGAACACAACGAAAAUCCCCAUAUAACACGUCUGUCAAGGUUACAACUAUUGUCAAAGAUUCUUAUAGAUACCUCGUCACAUGAUGAAGACAAAAUGAAAGUCAAAAUGAGGAAUGACUUGGAAAAACACAAUGUAAAAGAAAACAGAGUUUUUUUGUUACAUUCAAGUUCUGCAGAGGCAAAGAACUUGUUUGAUUGUGCUACUGAAUUAGGACUGACCAGUAAAGAGUAUAUGUGGAUAAUAUCAUCUUCAAGUAUUGGUAACAUUGUGUCAAAAGCAAGGCGUGCUGCACCAUCAUAUCCGCUCGGACUUCUAGGAUUCAAACAUUAUGGUGUUGACGGUCAAACCUUAGAAUCUGUGUUAGACAUAGCAUUGAAAACAUCCAUUUACGUAUGGGGAUUAGCACUGAAAAGUAUGGCACCUUACCUUAUGAAUUAUACAAUUACACCUAAAAUGUCAUGUAACCAGUCACAUUUAAACUUCUGGAAUGAUGGAUUAGCACUUUUCAGGCACAUGAAAAAUAUAAGAGAUGUUAGCUCGAUAAGUACAGACAUACCGCCGGUUAGGUUUAACCCAAUCGGAUUAAAUCAGUUUAUAAAGUUAGUUAUUUACAACACUCAAAGUAAAACAACGAACUUGAGAACAGAUAAAGUUUGGAGACAGGUAGGUAACUGGGUUCCAAAACAGUCAGGAAGUAGAACUGAAAUGGAUAUUGAAAUGAAUGAUAUAACAUGGCCUGGGGAUAGUAAAUCACCACCCAAGGGGAAACCGGAUCGUCGUCAUUUUAGAAUCGUCACUCUUAAAGAAGAACCAUAUGUCAAGUACAGAAAACUAAAUUCAGAAAAGAAAUGUGGACAUCAUGAAGUGCCAUGUCGUUUGGUAUACAACCCUUCAUUACAUGGAAACGAUAGUACCUUAGCAAACAACACAGUUUUGCGAUGCUGCGCCGGGUUAUGUGUUGACCUAUUGAAGAUUCUCAGCACAGAGAUGAAAUUCGAUUACGAUUUUUAUGAAGUCCCGGAUCAGACUUGGGGCCUCCCUGACCAGGUAACUGGUGAGUGGAACGGUCUUAUAAAAGAGGUUAAAGAUCGGAAAGCAGACAUGGUUCUGACAUCUUUAAAGAUAACACCAGCACGAAAUGAACAUAUAGAAUUUUCUAUCCCAUUCCUUGAGACAGGAAUAACAAUCAUUGUAUCCAUUCGUAAGGGAGCCAUAUCACCUACUGCUUUCCUAGAACCGUAUGAUUAUCCAUCAUGGUGCCUGAUAUUGGUGUUCAGCGUACACGCAACAGGAGCAUCAAUCUUCAUAUACGAAUGGUUAAGUCCAAGUGGCCUUAAUAGAGGACGUACAAGCUUGCGAGAUCACAAAUUUUCUUUAUUCCGAUCAUUUUGGUUGAUUUGGUCUAUGUUGUUCGGAGCCUCGGUUUCAACAGAUAAUCCACGAGGAGUGGCCAGUAGAUUUAUGACCAAUGUGUGGGCUUUGUUUGCUCUGGUAUUCCUGGCUAGUUAUACUGCCAAUCUUGCUGCUUUCAUGAUAACAAAAGACGAGUAUUAUAAGUUAUCUGGUAUCACAGAUUGGCGGCUUAGAAAUCCUAAGUCCUUGAAGCCUCCCUUUAAGUUCGCUACAGUACCAAAUGGUAGUACAGAGGAGAACUUGAGACAGAAUCACAAACAGAUGUUCACAUACAUGAAAACAUAUAAUAAACCCACGGUUGCAGAGGGCAUAGAGUCACUGAAAGCACAGAAGAUCGACGCUUUCAUAUACGAUGCUACACCAUUAGAGUACCAAGUGGGUAUAGACAAAGAUUGUAAUUUAAUCACAGUAGGGGAGAGAUAUGCUAUGACAGGAUAUGGAGUAGGUGUUCCCAAAGGAUCAGAUCUGAUGGCGGAGAUCAAUGAAAUAAUAUUAGAAUUACAGGAAAAUGGGGAAUUGGAACGGUUAAGGAAAUUCUGGUUAGCAGGUGCUUGCCAUAGAAAGCAAAAACGAGGUCAACAUAGUCAAAAUAUUGGUAUCUUAAACUUUACCAGCGCCUUUAUAUUACUAGCUGGUGGUAUGCUUCUUGGAAGUUUACUCCUUCUUCUAGAGCAUAUAUAUUUUAAAUUUGGUAGAAGUUGUCUGCGACGUUAUGACAAAAGUGGAUGUUGUGCACUAAUAAGCUUGAGUAUGGGAAAAUCAUUGAACUUUGAACAGUCAGUCCGGGAAGCAUUAGAUAUACACCGAAAGCACAAAUGUAAAAAUGCUGUGUGUGAACUUCAAAUAUGGAAAACGAAGCACGAGCUAGAUUUAUCGUUGUUAAAAAUUCAGAAAUUACAAGACCAACUACGAACUGUGACAACAGUAAAAGGUGCAUGUCGAGAGAACCAUAAGCUUAAUGGCGCACCUGCAUUAUCAUUAAACAGACAUGUACAAAUUCAUAAUGAUAUUGAAAACAAAGCGAAAGAGGAACAUUCUCCUAGUUCAGCUAAUGAAGCUUUUAAACAAAGACAUAUUAGACAUGGUUCUGAUGAAUCGGUACAAUUAACGAAUAUUGACAAUCCUCGAUGGAACAGGCGAUCAUUAAAACGUUCCUCUAGUUAUACGAAUGCUGUAAUGAUUGAUCUUCCUGAAAACAGCCAAUCACAAGUAGCCAAACACGAUAAUGGUCAUUAUUAUGUAAGACUUCCAACACAGAACCCGGAUGAUUCUAUCACGUGAUAUAUGUCGGUAAAUAAUACAGUGUAAAUAGGUUGAUAUGCUUUCAGUUUAAUAAAUAUAGAAUCAUUUUCAUAACAGCGUGGACAUUAAAAUUUCUUGCUGCGCUCAGGUUAGCAAUUGACUGGGUCAGAUUAGGUGAAUUUUCGUCUGCAACGCCCGAUGUCAUAUCGUUCGUGUUAUAUACAUUUAAACUGUAAGGUCUCCAAAGAUUAUAAUUGCAAAAAUAACUAGUAGAGAACUUAAACUUGUGUGUUGAUUUAAAUGAUGAAAACUUAAACUUUCCUUAUUUCUUCUCGUGCACCUGCAUGUACUUCACUCUUUUAUUCUAUUUAAAUUCCCACUCGAAGGCAUCUGACAGACUGAAUUAGCCUAAAAUCACUGUUAUUGAUAGUAGUUGACAAACAAGUUAAAAGUAAAUGAUUCAAUAUUAUUACAAAAAUAAGCAUUGCGGUAAGUCCACGCUGUUAUGAAAAUGAUUAUAUAUUCUGGUGAAGGUUCAUUUGAAAAUAAUUAUCAAAUAUAAAAUUAUAAGCAAUACGAACUGUCGAAAGAGCCUGCGAUUACUCAAAACUGAUUUUUUUUUGUCACAACGGAGGUCACGUGGUUAAUGGACAUAUAGAAAGUGGUCAUUACACACAAUGCUUACUUGGAUUUGGUGUUUAUCAAAGUUAAAUGGUAAUACAAAAGAAUCUACAGAUUACGUGAAUUAACAUAAAUUAAAAUAGGUUCUCUGAUCUGUUGUUUGAUUUGAAACCACCACCACACUUGUUUUUAUUUUGUAAAUUGUUGUUCUAUCUUUGUUUCUUAACAUUUAUUUUCUGUGACUUUACUAUUUCUUAUAAUUAUGUACAAAUGGAUAAGUCCAAGCUAGUUAAAUAACAUAUUCUUUAGUAUCACCAUAAGCAACCAGCAUGAAAAGCCACCUUCAGACAUUUCUUAUAUUUGAUGUGAUACUCAUCAUAAUUUACAUGGUAGAAUUCUCUUUCAUAUGGCCAUAGUCGCAUUGACACAACUGAAUUAUAUAUUUACUUCACUUCUUUUAGUACCGAUGUCAUUGACAAAAAAUUGAGCUUAUGUAAAUAAAACAAAUUAA